CAGGCGCCUUCUCUCCUCAGGCCGGGCAUGGCGGCGGCGGCGGCGGCGGCGGCGGCCGGCGUGAGCUACUCUCCUCCGUGGUGGGUGAGCCUCCUGCACCGCCUGCCCCAUUUCAGCCUCCGCUGGGAGGCCGUCGGCGACGACUUCCGACCCGAGGACGCCGAGUACCAGCAGGCCCUCUUGCUGCUGGGUGGUGUUGCUCUGUCCUGCCUUGCUCUGGAUCUCCUCUUCCUCCUUUUCUAUUCCUUCUGGUUAUGUUGUCGCCAUCGGAAAACUGAAGAACAGCUGAAUGCAGAUUGCUGCUGUACAGCUUGGUGUGUCAUCAUUGCAACUCUGGUCUGCAGCGCUGGCAUAGCUGUUGGCUUCUAUGGAAAUGGGGAGACCAGUGAUGGCAUUCAUCGGCUAACAUCUUCACUGCGGCACGCCAAUCUCACUGUUGCAGGGGUCCAAGACCGGGUGCAAAAUAUUGCAGUUGCUCUGAACAAAACAGCAGAGCCUAACUUGGGGUUCCUGGAGGUAAUGUUUGCUAAACAGACAGAUUACCUGCACGUGGUUCAAAAGCUCCAAGGACUCUUGGAUGAACUUGUGAGGCAGACAACAGAGAUUCCUUUCUGGAAGAAUGAUGACGUCUCUCUAGAAUUGCUGGCAGGUCGUAUUGAUCUGUAUGACUGGUACAGGUGGCUGGGAUACCUGGGCUUACUCAUGUUCCAUGUCCUAAUCUGUUUGCUGGUGCUAUUUGGACUAAUUAGAAACUCAAAGGCCAUUCUUGUGGGAGUGUGUCUUCUAGGGGUGCUUGCCCUCAUUGUGAGCUGGGGGUCCCUGGGUCUGGAGUUAGCUGUUGCUGUGGGUUCCAGUGAUUUCUGUGUUAACCCUGAUGCCUACAUCUCCAGAGUGGUAGAGGAUUAUGCGGUGCUAAGUACAGAUACUCUGAACUAUUAUCUUGUCUGCAAUGCUGGCUCCCUAAAUCCGUUUCAGCAGAAGCUGUCGGGAAGCCACAAGGUCCUGGUAGAAAUGCAGGAUGAUGUGCUGGAGCUGAUGAAGUCUGCUGUCAAAGAAUACCCCGCUUCCAAGGAGCACAUCAGUCAAAUCCAGGGAGUUCUGAAUACCACCGAAAGCAACCUGCAGCACCUGACUGCUCUGGUGGACUGUCGGAGUCUGCAUUUGGAUUACAUACAAUCUCUGACGGGCUUCUGCUAUGAUGGUGUGGAAGGGCUUAUCUAUCUGGUUCUCUUCUCCUUUGUCACUGCCCUCAUGUUCAGUUCUAUAGUGUGCAGCGUCCCGCACACUUGGCAGCAAAAGAGGAGUUCAGAUGAUGAUGGAGAGGAUGAAUCGACUGCUCAAGGGAACAGGCAAACGCACGACAACUUGUACAGGGUGCACAUGCCUAGUCUUUACAGCUGUGGGAGCAGCUAUGGAAGCGAGACCAGCAUCCCAGCAGCGGCACACACAGUCAGCAAUGCUCCCGUCACAGAGUACAUGAGCCAGAAUGCAAAUUUUCAGAACCCCCGAUGUGAGAACACACCUUUGAUUGGCCGGGAGUCUCCACCUCCCUCCUUGUAUUUGGCUGCCAUGGACAGUAGCAGCCAUAUGAGCUGGCAGCUUAAGCCCUCGGACAGUGCUCGGACGUACUGGUAACAGCGCCCGCAAAAUCGGAACAGUACACCUCCAGCAUGAGAGCCAAAUACCUCGCCACCAACCAGCCUCGGCCAGACUCUGGCAGUGUGCAUUAAAAACUAGAACGUCGUCUAAGUUUAAAAAAAUAAGGAACAAAACGUGCCAACUGCUGCCAUCCUGUGUUGUCCUCGCAGAACAGCCCUGCUUUUUUUCUGUCCUGAAUCCAGCUCAGUUGCUUUUCUUGCUUCUCCACCCCUUUGGAGUGCACUUGGGGCAAAGCUAGGUGGAAGCUUAUUACUGAUUAAGGCUUUUUCAUUACUUGCACCUGUGUGUGCAGGAGUGGACAGAGAAGCAAGGUCCUGUGCACACCUGCAGGAGACUCGCCAGUUCACCCAUGUUGCCCUGCUAUGUGUGGGAUCAGCUUUUGUUGACCGCCGAUCAGGAAAUUGCAAGCCGCUUGCCACCUUUUCUGCCAGGCCUCUGUCUAAUUCAUUGAGGACGAAAAUGGUGUCGUGAGUCAAGCCUAGAAAAAGUGGAUCAUCUUACAGAAGUACUAUGGAUGCGACAUACUAAUCCGAGGAAGCCAUAUUUAAUGCGCACACUGUCAUAAAGUUCACGUGCACUCAGCUUCUACUGCAUAUCUCUCAUCUCUGUGCUACUCUAGAGAAGCGUCUCCUCAUUCCAGGAUCGACAAAUCUGGGAGGCCACCUCUUCCUUCCGUGUUAGAAUGAGAAGGCCUGCUGAUUCAAUCAUCCUCUUCCAGUACAAGUUUACUUCUCUCUCCCUCUCUUUAGACCUAGGUGCAAACCCCUGGGGAGAAGUAGGGGGCUUCCCUUGCCAACUGCUGUAUUCUCACUCCCCACACGCUCUGCAUGCACCCACAUGCAUGGAUGAGUUCACAUUGGCUGUGCUGAAUUUUCCCACUCUACUUUGCCACUAGACUUUCUAAUAGCAAUCAGCAGAAGUUCUUUGACACUGAUGUACAGACAUGAAACUGGAGCCAGCAUUCCUUCUGGUGCCAAAAUAUUUCAGGACAAUGCUUAAGGAGCAUUAGACGGGGGAGAGAAGCAUCUUAUCUCUGCUGCUGGCCGCAUGGCACGAGUGUAACACGAUGAAAGCGCAACUAAGAGUGCCAGCCAGGUUUGGUGCAAAUGUUCCCCUGUGGCAAGAUGGACUUACUGCUUGUUCUGAGCAUUGGGACAUGCAAGACCCUAGAAGCGUUGGAUUCAGAUAUAGACCUUUGGGAGAGUUCCACAAUCUACAGAUUUAUGCUACUCCUGUAUCCCAGAAUUGGGGAGCAAAAAUACUGUGAAUGUCAGAACAGGUUUGAUAUUUGCUUUUUCUCCCACCACCCUCUUUGGCCCGUCAUGCUAAUCUCUCAUAUUGGCUGCACAAACCACAUUCCAGUUGCCUCUUAAAAUGAUGUGUGCUGGCAACAAAGAUCGACAGCAGAUUGAGAGAGAUCAAAGUUCAGGGAUGCCUGCACCAGUCCCACAGCUGCUGCAUUGAAGGUGCUCUAUUUGAUAAAACACCAUGGGGGUCCAGGGGUGGGGGGUGACAACAGGAAAUACUGGACAGGGAAGGCCUUUACUUAUUUAAUACUUUGAUUUUUCAUUUCUGUGUAACUUAUCCCGCAACAAGUGACUAGAGACAGGGUAAAAUACCUCCCAAUGUCAGCUGAGAUACCAGAUCACUUUUUUGCGUGGCACCUUUGUCAGAACUUGGGGAGGGGGCUCAUUUAAGUUCACGUAGAAGCCACAGUGAGUUUGUCCCAUCACCUAGGACAGUAUUGGAGGAGAACUCCUCCAGACAUAGAAUGAUAGAAUUGUAGAGUUGAAAGGGACCUUGAGGAUCAUCUAGUCCACUCUCCUGCAAUGCAGGAACAUGCAGCUGCCCCAUAUGGCUCAAACCUGCAGCCUUGAUGUUUGUAGCACCACCACGCUCUAAUCAACUGAGCUGUUCACCCACUUGAUAACCCGUAUCUCUUCCAUUAGCAAAGGGCUGCUUUCAGGGGAAGGUUUGUAUGCCUUCUCCUUGGAAACAGGUUACUUCCUACAAGGGUGUGACUCUUUUGCACUCUGCUUACUGAGAAAGUGGAGGAUGCUAACGGACCAUGGGAUCUUUGGGUGCUGCCUGCAGAAGGAUAGAAAGAAAAGAUUGAAACAGUCUUCAGUCAGUUGUCAAAAAGAUUUUCGUGUAUAUGAACAGCGUAGUAAGCCUUUAAAUUUACCCCUUGGUAUAGAUUUUGGUCAUAUGCUACCCAAUACUAUUAGGAGAGGGGUCCAAAAAGUUAAAGACUGUAAAUGUUUAUGUCCUCCCUGCCAUCCGGCAACCUCUUGAUAAUUACGUUCCAUUUGGCUAGCUCCAAAACUGUUCUCUUUUCCCACUCUAAGGACCAUACUGCACAUUGCAAAGCAGCAAACCCACAUUGAGUGCACACUCAGUUGGGAGUUAAUCCUCAUUCUGCUUAGGUACAUGGUUUAGAAACACCUUGUUUGUUCAUGCUUCUAAAACAAAAAAAUGUAGGUGUACACUUAAAACAUCUUAAAUUUAUGGAACAGUUUUCAGAUUAUACUGGAGAAGCAGCCCCCAAAUAGCACCCUGGGUAGCCUAGCCAUGAUUUUUAAUGGCUUGAGAAAGGCAAGCCUUCAAACAAGGUCUCUCCCACCCCAUGCCCACUAGUGUAGAAAGGAAGAGAUUCAUAGAGUAUGAAAUCAUAGAACUGUAGAUUUGGAAAGGACCCCAAGGGUCAAGUAGCCCAACCCCUGCAGAUGCUCCAGUAAAUGCUGUCUGUCCAUACUGAUGCUAACCAAGGGACCAACAAUAACAUUACAGUAACCACUAUAGAAAUUGCCUUCGUCCAAGGUGUAGCUGCAACUUACGCUCUGAAGAGGAAGGAGCAACCGGGUACACUGCUGGAUCAUGAAUUGCCAAAUGGAGAUGUGCUUAGUAUCUUCCAUUGGAUUUCUGGAAGGAGACCAUUUGGGGAAAAGUGAUGCUAUAAGGCAAAGCUGCAAGGUCUCUACUGUGUGGAUUCGACUGGGGGACUCUGGACUUGAUGUGACUUUUUUCCCAACUUCCGUAGAGUCGCAGCAUCUAACUGCCUCGUUGCGUGCAAUGCAGGACCUUGGUGUAUAUCUUAACGUGGGCAAGACUCAACUUGGUUUUUAAUUGAACCUCUUUUUUAAAAAAACGAAAAGAACAACGCCAAUAUGGAUUCCUGAGUGACACCAACAGCAAGUGGGGAUUUUCCAAGGCUAGUUUAAGUGGACCUACUUCUGAAAAAGAAGCUUGCGUGUGGGGGCAUUUGCGCUGGCACGAGGAGAAGUGCACACAGUGGUGACCUGCAAGUGAGGUGACUCUGUGCAGUCUCUUGUGCAAUCCCAAACCAUCUGUGGUUGCAGCAUGUCUGUGGAAUUGGCUUCUCAGGAGUUCUCUGCGUCAUUUGUUCCGCCCCCACCCUGCCCUCCAGGCCAGCUUCCGAACAGACGAAUUCCAAAUUGCUGACUGGCCGGUUUUAUCUUUUAGCUGGCUUUGGUGCCUGUUGGGGCUCUUAAAUAUCUUUGGUAUAGCAAGUGAAACCACAAAAAACUUUAUUUUUUCUCUGUCCUAAUUUGUAUGAGUUUUUAAGUAAUGUGAUGGGGGUGGGGGGGAACAAUCUCAAGACCAUAUUGCUUGGAAUGUGUCCUGGCUGAUUUCCUCAGCGACUCUCAAAUCAUUUCAGAACCAUCACCCUAACUUUGAUUUAGUUUCUGAAAUUCUGGAGAGGGAGGAAGACCGAUACCUAGUACUGCCUGAUCAGAAUCUAAAUGAGGCGGUGAGACAUCGGAAUGGGAAACUGGAGUGGUAAAGACUCUCCUUUUGAUUUUCUUUCUCUUUCCCUCCCCCACCCCCCAGUGCAUCUGUGGCCAUCUGCUUGUCUGCUUUAUUUGGUCAUGUUCCUCCCCUUCUCCUCCCCCCCCCCAAAAAACCCCAUGACAUUGUCACAGCACUUUUUUUAUUAAAAAACAAUUGUGAACCAAGAACCUUGUCAAGCACACAAACAUCUCCACAAUGUGAAAUGUAUAUAGCAUGUUGGACUCUCUGCGUCCAGUGUUCAAGACUGCAUUGUAAUCGUUUAAAAAAAAAAAAGGAAAUUGAA